AUGAGCGCCCAGGAGGUCCCGGAUGAUCACAUGGGCGACGUCAAAACGGGCGCCCCGCCGGAAGCGACCCUGGUCGUCCUGAACGAACCUCUCACGCUGGAAUCCGGUGACGCGAUCGAGCGCUGUGCGUGCGCAUACACAAUGUACGGCGAGCUGAGCGCGUCGAGAGAUAACGUCGUGCUCGUCGGCCAUUCGUUGACGUCGAACUCGAACGUACGCGAGUGGUGGGCGGAGUGCGUGGGUGAAGGGGACGGAUACGCGUUGGAUUUGAGUAAGGAUUGCGUCGUGUGCGUGAACUACCUAGGGUCGCCGUACGGAAGCGCGAGUCCGGUGAGCGUCGAUCCGAGGAAGAGCGAUGGAGGGGCGUAUGGGGUGGAUUUUCCAACGCCAGUAACGAUCAGGGAUAACUGUGCGAUGUGUAAGAUGCUAUUGGAUUCGCUCGGGGUGAACGGGGUGCGAUGCGCGAUGGGCGGGUCGAUGGGUUCGAUGCUCGCGCUGGAGUUUGCGGCGACGUAUCCCGAUUUCGUGGAGACCAUGGUGUUGAUAGCGGGCUGCGGAAGACACACGGACUGGGCGAUCGGGAUGGGUGAGGCGCAGAGAUAUGCGAUCAUGAGCGAUGGGAAGUAUAAGGGCGGAGCGUACGCUCACGAUGACGGACCAAACGCCGGUUUGGCGACAUCUCGCAUGAUGGCCAUGUUGAGCUAUCGCGCACCGGCGAGUGUGGACGGGAGAUUUUCGAGGACGAGCAUGAGUGAGUUUAAACCCGCAGAGGAGAUAGAGUUGGGGAUUCGGGCGCACGAAAAGGAGACGAAGCUGCCAUACUUUGCCGUGGAGUCGUACCUUCAGUAUCAAGGGAAAAAAUUCAUACGGAGGUUUGACGCAAACUGUUACAUUCAGCUGACUUACACCCUAGAUUCACACGACGUUUCUCGUGGGCGUGGGGAUUAUUUCGACGUCUUGGCGAAGAUUAAGCAGCGCGCUCUCGUGGUUGGCAUUCUCAGCGACGUCUUGUAUCCGUACGCGCUUCAAAGAGAGCUCGCGGACGCACUGCCCAACUCACAGCUUUACACAGUCGACUCGCCCCACGGCCACGAUUCGUUCUUGAUCGAAAUACAGCAGUUGAAUCAAGUUAUGGCGAAGUGGCGCCGCGGUGAGUGCGUGGACACCCGUCAAGGCGUCCCUGAUUUCACCGCUCUCGAAAGCUCGGAAGACGUGCGCGAGCUCCGUGAAGGCAUCAAACGUCUUCGCGAGGAGCUCACGACCGCUGAGCUCAAGCGCGAACGCGCCGAGGCCGCUCUCCGAGCUGCACUGGAUCCUGCACAAAACAUUAGUGGUUCGGCGAGCGCGCUCCAGCGCUCCGCAUCUGUCGGCAGCGCCCUGAACCUUCCCGGCGUCAUACUUCCGGCGAACCCGUCCGGGAGCGAGACCCUGCGACUUCCGGUCUUUGGCAAGCUCUCUAUCGACAACGACAAUUCGUACGCCGGGUUCGCAGCCUUCUAA